AUGGUCUUAGAUUCUAUCAAAUCUCCCUUCAAAAUUCCGGCAUCCAUUGGCGACCUCUCCCACCUCUUGGUCCUUGCAUUCUAUGGCAUCCCCAACCUCACUGGCUCCAUCCCUUCAUCAUUCACAAAGCUUCAGAAUCUGGUAUCCCUCACCAUACAUAACAUCACUCUCUCCGGCCCCAUCCCAGAGUUCCUCAGCCAACUCAAAAAUCUCCAGGAGCUGGAGUUGCCCUACAACCAGCUUUCCGGCUCGAUCCCGCCUUCCCUCGUCAACCUCAAUGAACUGAAGCUUCUUAGCCUGGGAUGGAACAAACUUACCGGAAACAUACCCAACUCGUCUGGGGGAUUCAAUGCAGAUGUGCUAGGUGGUUUCUCCAUGUUUUUGUCUCACAACCAGCUCUCCAAUGAGAUACCCAGAUCUUUGGGACAAUUUAACGUGUCGAGAAUCGAUCUGUCGUAUAACAAUCUCAUCGGGGAUGCGUUGAUUUUGUUCAGGGAGAAUGCAACAACAAUGUCAAUCAAUCUAUCUAAUAACCAGCUAGACUUUGAUUUUGUUAAGGAAGAAGAACAGGAUUCUCUUCAAGUUCUCAAACGAAAGGGAAGCAGCGGCCGAUGA